CGCGAAGCUGCCUGUUCCCCGUCCCCUGCGAACUGCUUCGCCGGUGGCAUUUCGUUGCGGGAGAAAAGGGGGGGGGGUGUUUUGCUGAGCUGCCGGUUCGCUUUUCUGGAAUAAGCGGGAAGGAGGGGGGAGUCCUCAGGGUGCCUGCUUGCUUGCCUCCAACACCCGAGCAGAUUGCCAGCCCGAGCAGGAGCCAGCGCGUUUCGGCAGCCAAGCGCCACCGCCGCCACCAACCACCGCUACCGGGCGGGAGAGGGGAGGGGAGGGGGGAGAAAAUUGGUGCCGCCACUGAAUUUUUAAUGGAAAAAUGGCGAUCUCGGCUCAGACCUGCGGCACAUCUUGCCUCGUCCGGGCUCUCUACGGCCAAAUCCUGCUAAGCUUUCUCGUCUCGGCUCCCUCCGCGAAUGGCUACAGUUUUCCUCAGCAGUACACAAUGCAGAAUUGGGCUCAAAGGCUAGAGCGUGAGAUUGAUGGAGUAAUGAAGAUAUUUGGUGAUGUUAAGCAGCUCAGACAGAUCUAUGAUGAGAAGAAGAAUUUAUUUGAAGUAAGAGACAACAUCCCUGAAAAAAUCGUGGAGAAAGUGGCAGGGGACAUUGAGAGUCUCCUGGCCAAGAAAGUCCAAGCUUUAAAGAUAUCACAUUGA